AUGGGCUUGAGACAGAAUCCCAUACCUCGAGCCAAGGGCAUUUUAAGGCGACUCUGGCCCCGGGUUCCUGGCCUCCCACGUCUAGGAGUCAUGGAGCAGCCCAGGACAAAGCAGUUCGUGAUGUUCACUGUUGAGGGCAUGCCAGACACUCCGAAGUGCAUGACCAUCAUGUUCUGGCCGAUCCUUAAGCAGGUCCCGAUGCGCGUCGUGAGUCGUCGCGGCCGGCGCGGGUCCAAGAGGUGGGUUGGUGUCUUAGUUAGCUGA